GCACGCGCUCACGUCCAGUGUUUGACUGGAGCUCGUCGGUGUGACUGUGGAGCAGAACGUGUGCGGCGGUAAUGGCUGCCAGGGAGAGUGAGGAAGACAACAAAUGAACCCCUGAGAAGCGAUUCAAAGUGAGGACUAGGAUGGUAAGCAGUCAGCCGAAGUACGAGCUGAUCCAGGAGGUGGGGCGUGGCAGUUACGGCGUGGUGUAUGAAGCAGUUGUGAAGCGCACAGGAGCACGGGUGGCAGUGAAGAAGAUCCGCUGCCACUCUCCAGAGAAUGUGGAGCUGGCCCUGCGGGAGUUCUGGGCCCUGAGCAGCAUCCAGAGUCAGCACCCAAAUGUCAUCCACCUGGAGGAGUGUAUUCUGCAGCGGGAUCAGCUGGCCCAGAGGAUGAGCCAUGGUUCCAGUUCCCCGCUCUAUCUUGAGGUGAGGAUGCAGAAGUCACUGGAACAGGGUAACCAAGUAGUAAUCCUGCACUGCACCGAUGCUGCAUUCAUGUCCUACAGUCAAGAUGGUAGAUAUAGGCUUUAAAAUACUCUUGUUAGCAACAUCCUGCUUUCAGACUGUAUGUGGAUUAUUUUUAUUUCGUUUUUUGGGUUGGAUAAGGAAUGGGUGUUUGGUCUGAUUUAUUGUACUUUUAUUUGUAUAGAAUAACAAAUCACAUGGACAUGGACAGCUGGAGAACAGCAUGUCCAAAAACCAGUUUGUAAGUAUUGUAAAGACUUUUUUAACUAAGCUAUCUGUUUAAAUAUUUAUUAUUUCUUUAAUUUAAUGUGUGCUACCUCAAAAAAUUGUAUAUCUUUAUGCUUGUUGUUGUUACUGCCAAGCCUGUACUUCAAACCAAAGUGAUGCUUCCGACUAGAACUUUUGCGUUGUUUUCCAGACAGAUAUAGUAUUUGCUGACUGCUUCGGUAUCUGUGUGUUACUCAGAGUUGCACUGAACACACACAGUAGCCUUAUGAAUUCAAUGAUUCCUGUACUGUGGUAAUUUCUUUCCACUUUGCUGAUUGUUUUUUCAGUCAAGGCAUCACAUUUUUUAUACAACACAUUUAAAACAAGAGAAGUUGACAGAAAGUGCUUUUUUAAGCCUGCAUCUCAAAUAACUUGCUGCAAAACAAUGAGAAAUUAAAGAGCAAACAUAAAGAAGACUUCUA